GUUGUGAUAAACUUAUUAAAUAGUUUUUAAUUUGUUUGUGGUUCUAUCAUGUCUGCCUUUGAAGAAGACGAUGCCUUAGAUGAAGAACUGAUGCGUGCUUUUGCGUCUUACGAAGAUGAAAACCCUGAUCAUAUUCAAUCUGUUGAGAGCAAUUCUCUCUCUCAAAACCAAAAUGAGCCUCCAAGUUUUGAAUCCGACGACGAACCAUUGAUAGAGCUCAAUGAAAAUACGCCUUCGCACAAAGCUACGACCAGUCCUAGAGACCAGCCGGCGAGCUCAAAACCAGAUCUAGCGAAGCAAAAAUUGGAGGAGAAAAAAGCAAGGGUUCUGGCUAACAUUCGUAAGCAGGAGAGCCAAGGUUCCUCACAGUUCUCGGAUAAGUUCUCAGGACCGAAGUAUUACGACGUGCAUUCACAUUUCACUCUUGGAAACCCAAAAAUCCCCCAAGAUGAACUGAAAGUGAAGAUGAGCGGCAAACAGAACAUUAGGCUGAGUGCACUCAAGGACAAAAUCAGGAGCCAUGCUUUAUCCGAUAUCAACUAUGUGGUGUUUGGUGUCAUAUCUAAAAGGUACCAGCCGAAGCAAGGGAACAAUGGCAGGUCCUGGUGCACUUUCCUAGUGUCUGAUCUCCAGUACUGCUCUCUAAGACUGACUGUGUUCCAUGGAGACCACGUGCAUCUCUACAGGGAGGGAGAAGGAGUAGUCGUUGGUGUAUUGAAUCCGAAUGUGAAGCUCGAAGAUGAACCAGUUCUAAGUGUUAGUGACCCCAGAUGUAUCCUGGUGUUGGGAAGGUGUCUGGAGUAUGGCAUAUGCCAAGCCACCACUCAGAAAACGGGCCAGAGGUGUCAGAUGCCAAUCAACAGGAAGAUGGGAGACUUCUGCGAGUUCCAUAUCACCAAGGCAUACAGACAGUCGAAGUCGAGAAGAAGUCAACUUCAGGCUGCAGUUCCAGUUGAGCCCCAGAAGGAGCGAGAGAGGAGGGCGAAGAUGAUAGAGAGCAACCAGAACAAGUUCCUCAUCUACAAUGGCAAACAGCGCCUCUACGAGAACAAUCCCCACCAGAACAUCAAUAGCAGAUCAACCAAAACCAGAGCCACUAUGUCCCCCUAUACUGUGUCAGUCAAUCAAAAUCCAGGUCAAAGGUCAUCUGGCUCAGUGGCGAGCGGUAUCCAGACUGCAGCAAGAGAUCUAGAUAUAAGUCAAGAGAAUUCAAAUUUAUUAAACCCCGAAGGCCCAAGCGUAUCUUUCGAAGAUCUUCUGAAAAGACCCACGCUCGGUGCUUUGAAUUUGAAACGCAGUCAAGUGGAAGGAGAUACUGAAAGUGCAAUAGCCCCUUGGUCUGUCAAAAAGCGGCCUGCUCCUGAAUCUGUUUCAGCCAGAGAUCUGAUCAACCAGCACAAGGUUAAAGUCAAGAGCCAAUCGGAACCCCCCAAGGUCAAAGACAUUGUAAUUGAUUUGGGAGGUCAGUCGGCAUCCAACAACAAAAACUUAUCAGCGAGGCCAAGAAACGAUGUUUUGCACACUCCUAGUGAUUCUGUGAAAAAAGUAUCGAAAGUGUUGACUUUGAGUGAGUUGAAAAGGAUGAAAGCAGUGGCUAAAGUGUCAUCGCCGCUUUCGAGUCAUUCGGCGUCGACUAGCAGAAGAAAAGAGGAAAUAAUGAAGCUAGUGAAUGCCAAUCGGAUGCAAAGUGAUGAACAGAAAUUGAAUUGUGAAGACAAUGGUCGCGUUAGCAGUUUGGAAGAGUGCAUGAUGCCGAAGAGCAAAAAGCAGAAAACCAGCAAUAGUCGGUCUGAAAAAGAGAAUUUGAUUGAAAGCGUGUUGAAAUUGAAGUCGAAGUUCUCUACCCAGUUGGACAGUGAAGAGAGGGAACACGAGGAGAAGUACUUCAAUGUGAGGGAGAAGAAGGAACAGAUUGAGGAGAGACUAGCAAGUACAAAGGAGAUGAAAGUCAGGGCAGUCACAUGCAGACAAUGCUGCUAUGUAGCACCUAGUCUGGCUAUGAAGUGCAAAGUGGAGAACCACAAACACACGUGGAGCGAAGAGACUAAGAGAUUCUUCAAGUGUUCCGACUGCAAAACCCGAACAAUUUCGUACCGCAAAUACCCCACCCAGCCCUGCAGCAAGUGUCAGGGCAGAAGAUUCGACCGGACUGCGAUGAUAGACCAAAGCACCUCUCUGCCUAUACAUAACAUUGAGUAUUUCAAGAUCGCCGACUCGGAAGAUUUCUCAAACUGCAGUAGCAGUUCGCUUACACUCUAAGAGUUGAGUAGAUUCGAACUGGAAAUAGAGAUGAUUGCCUUGAAAAAGAAUGU